UAUAGCUAAACCACUUUUUCUAAUUGAAUCUCUAUUUCUCUCACUCGGCGAGAACCCUGAAAGAGGAGGCCCCGGAAGAUUUGAAUAAUUUUUUUCUUAUCUCUUACAAAAAAAAAAUAAAAAAAUUCUUAUAUUCUUUUUCUUUUGUUUCGUUUUUAUGUCCAAAUUCACCGCCUUUCUAUUUUUCCUCCCUACCAACAACAUAAAUAGCUUUUCAUUUUUUCCCUUUUGCUUUUGUUGUUUCGGUGAGAACUUGUUGAAGUAACGCAAAAUCUCCUGUUGUUUGGAGUUCACAGAUUCUACGACUGCUGAUUGUGGAAUUAUCGAUUGUUGAUAUUAUCCCAAUUUGUCGAAGGGUUUGAGAUAAGAGUUUCUACUUAUAUGCAUCAUACAUGCUUGUUGAAAUGCCUCAGUGAAAAACAAGAAAAAAGAAGUUGGAUAUAAGUUUUCGGUUUAGAGUUUUCUAGCAGUCUUUAUUGAUUUGUGUCAAGCAGCUCAUUAUUCUGUGUUGGUAAAAUACGAGUUUCCUGCAGAAGACAGGGAAAAUGAUGAAUGGUGCGCCUGCAUCUAGUGGCAUGCGAGCAGCAUUCUCCUAUUGUGUGCAGCAAGUCCGAAAUUAUGACUAUCCUCAUUAUCUUUGUCUCCUUGAACUCCCACCAAACAUGAGGAGGGCUGCAUUUGCGCUCCGUGCAUUUAAUGUCGAAACAUCUAGAGCUAUGGAUGUUGCUUCUGAUCCCAAAAUCGGGCUCAUGCGCCUGUUAUGGUGGCAAGAAGCCAUUGACAAAAUCUUUUCCCAUAAGUCCAUUGAGCAUCCAGUUGCCCAGGCGCUGACAGCCAUGGUUUCUGAGCAUAAAAUAAGCAAGAGCUGGCUCAAGCGAUCUGUGGAAGCUCGGGUAAAUGAUGCCAAGAGAGAAGUUUCUGACAUUCCUGAAACUAUUGAAGAACUGGAGCGGUACGCUGAGGACACUGCAUCCACCAUUUUGUACACAACGCUUCAAGCAGGUGGUGUCGCGUCGACUGCAGCUGAUCAUGCUGCAUCGCAUAUAGGCAAGGCUAGCGGUCUCCUCGUGCUGCUUAGAUCAUUGCCCUACCACGCUAGCCGUGGUCGUCAUUGUUCCUACAUUCCUGCUCAGGUGGCUGAGAAACAUGGGCUGCUAACAAAACAAGGUGGUCGUAGAGAAAUUCUGAUCGAUUCUCGUGAGGGGCUAUGUGAUGCAGUUUUUGAGAUGGCAUCCGUUGCCAAUACCCAUCUGCUGAAAGCCCGUGAAUUGUCUGGAACAGUGCCCGCUGAGGCUCGCGCGGUGCUUCUGCCUGCUGUACCAGCCGAUGUCAUCCUGGACACUUUAAGACGUGCCCACUUUGAUGUGUUUGAUCCAGGGCUGAGUAGAGGGAUUUUAGGGGUUCCUCCUUUGUGGUUCCAGUUGAAAUUGAAGUGGCAUUCUUGGAGAGGCAAGUACUGAAGGAGCUAGCUCCUAUAAUUGUUUUAGGCUUCUUUUUGACAACAUCAUUUAAGAAGAAAUGAAAAGAUUUUAGCUUUCCUGGCAUACGCAUUUCUGGUUUAUAGGCUUGGAUCCCCAAUUUUGUAUCCAAUUCCAGUUAAUGCAUCAAAAUGCCAAUAGGAUUUGGUCUCAGCCGCGUUAUACGUUGUGGGCUGCGAGCGAAAUAAGUGUAAUAAAUAAUAAUGUUAAUUACAGUAUCUUUAAUUUACUCCUCAGGCUCUGCGCCUUUGUAUUGCAGAAAUAUUACAUUGAAAUAUUUUUUUACUUUAAUAUUUUAUCCAGUCGCUGGC